GUCAAUUUCUGACCAAAAAGUAAUGACGUUUCUUUGUUAUUAUUUUCGUUAGGGGUUGAAUUUCACAGGCAUGAAUUUUUAUUGGAAUUAAAUAAAUUAAUGCAAAACGUAUCAAUGGUGUCUUUAAAAGUAAGCGCACAGUGCAAUGCCUAAUAAAGGUAUAGAACUGAAUCGCAGUAGUCAAUCAAUGGAAAAUAAGGUAGUUGCUCCUGUGCCGCAACAUGGGGUUGCUGGUAAGGUGCUUCCUGGUGCUACAAAGGCUACUGUUGUUAAGUGCGUAAAAGAUGCUGCCAUGUCUCCUGGAGCGCCGUCAUGCGGUGACGCUGAGCGCACAGAGUUAUUAGGCUCUCUGACUACACAGCAACAACAAAGGACCAGUGCCAGGGUGAUCAAGAAGCUUCGACUGGAACCACCUGCUGAUAGGGAUAAAAGACCUGAUAUCCCAGAAUGCGAGACCCCAAACAAAAUAGACGAAAAAGACCUAAAGUUUCCCACAGUAAAACAGAGAAUGCCAAAAGCCCUCUGGUCUACUGACGAAAAGAACUUGUUCUUCGAGGCACUGAACGAGUAUGGGAAAGAUUUUGAUGCCAUCACUGCUUACAUCUGCGCUAAGAUGAAGAAGAAAGGAAUGCCUGAUGUGAACCUGAAGACCAAGACACAAGUCAGCCACUUCUACUACAGAACCUGGCAUAAGCUGUCCAAACAUGUGCACUUUGAUGAGAAUGUAAAGAAGGUAGCCCAGGAAUUGUACGCGCUAAUAAACUAUGGGGAGCUUCGUAAGAAGUUGGUGUCUGUGAAUGAGAAGACGUGCGCCCGGCUGGGCGACAUGGUGCUGUGUGGCAGCAUCGUGGUGCGCGCGCGCGGACGGAACCUGCGCGUGCGCACCCCCAUGUGUCGCGCGCUCAGGAGGCUCAACCAAAUCACUGAGCGCGCGUGCGGGGCCCGCGUGUGUUCGCGCGCGCAGGUGGUGCUCCGCGCGCGCGACGCGGCGAGCUGGGCGCGCGUGCAGGCCGCCGCCCACAACCCGCGCGCCGCGCUCUCCACGCCGCUGCGCGCGCGCCUGCAUGCGCUCAUACGCGCGCUGCAGCAUCGCUGGAGGGAAACUUCUACAUUCAAGCACAAAAUGUGUAAUACCAUCGAGGUGAAAACAGAAGAUACACAGAAGGAGGUAGAAGAUUGCCCGUGCAUGGAGGAGAACGAGCCAAAUAGAGAACUAGAGGAACAUCUCAACUUGGAGACUGACAGGAUUAUUGUACAAGAACAAAAAGCCCCAAAGAAGUUGGUGCUCCACUUGGGCCCGAGACCAGGGGCCGACAUACACCUGCCAGUUGUCAGUCCCAGUGAACAGCUCUCCAGCCAGAAGAUAUGCUUCUCCUCAUAUCUUGAGCGAAUGGGUUCGCAGCGGGACAAAGAUGGCGGCGCAAAAAUACGUACACCGAAACGUCAACGAAAAGACAGCGCCACAGACAAGGAUAAGGAAGAACAGAAGAAGUUCAAACUGGAUGACUCGGACAAACUCAUCAAUAUAGAGGAGACUGCUAUUGAUGGCAUAGAACUUAUGGCCAGCUACAAGGUGCUGCAAGAAGAUGAAGAAAAACCGAGCACAGAAGAUGAGAAAGAAAGAGAAAUUGCAGAAGAUGACGCUGGGUACUUGCCAGAAAGGGAUAAGGAUAUGUCUGAGAGGGAAAAAGAUAGUUUCUCUGAAAUGGAAGAUGAUGAGAAGUAUAACAAGAGCGACACGGAUAAUGAAAGUGACCAUGGAAAGGAUAAAAAUGGGAAGGAUUCUCAGUUCAAGAAUUUAAAGGUUAAAUUCCGUAUCCGUCCAAAGAAACGGGGCGGCAGUAUCUAUACACUGGUCAUGGAUAAGGAUGCAGAGGAACCGAAGAUCGAGGAGUCGAAGACAGAAGAGCCGAGCAAGGAAGAGGAGACCAAGCCAGAUAUUGAUGUGGACCUGGCGUUGCGGCAGAUCAGGAAGGGAUGGAGCGCGAUGGAUGCCGGCGAUCUUACUAUCGGGGACUUGUAUCUUAUGUUUGGUUCCCGAUCUAAGCUAGAACUGGAUUACUGGUGGGCGGAACCAACACCACCCUUACCUCAGCCUCAGAAGUCAGCUCUACCCGUACCUACUUUACCGCCCGACAAACGCGACAAAUCCGACAAGAUGUCCGACAAAGGAGCCGACAGUUCCGUUGAAGAUGAGAAGGAGAGAGCGAGAGAGAGUGACAACGAUAUCCUCUCGCCGAAGAACACGUUUAGCCAGGACAGUAACGAUGGCAUGUCGGGAGAUGAGAGAAAGUGUGAACAGUUGGCCUCACCGGAUCAUAAGUCGUCUUCUGGCGGGGGGACCCUCAAAUUGGUCAGCAAGCUGAUCAACAGGCCACAGGCGCCUCAAUCACAACAGAACGGGUUUGCUGUCAUGAGUGAUAGGUUACGUCGGUUACUGUGCCUGGUGGGUAACCCACACGUGGGGGGCGCGGCGGGGGCGGGUACAGGGGGGGCGGCAGGUACAGGCGGGGGUGCAGGCGGGGCUACAGGGGCGGCGGGGGCGCGCUGUCGGUGCCCUGCCACCUGUCCGCGCAGGACACACCAACACUCCCUCACACUGCCCUUACUGAAGUCGCAGCAAUGUCCGGCGGCGGGCGACGGGGCGGCGGGCGCCGUGUUCCGCCAGCCCAUACCCAUCGCGCCGCGACCCGGGGCUGAGUUGGCGCAGUCAGAGAUCCAGUGGGAGGGCCUGCCCCGCUGGCGGCGCGGGCGGCCCCGCCUGGCCGACCGACGCGUCGUCGUGCAGAGGCUCCUGCCGCUACUGCCCAAACUGCCCGCCAACGAUAGUUCAACGGUGCCUCCAAUGAAGAAAGUAUCGACGCCAUCUUCUCCCCCGGCGCCGCCGCGUCUCCUACCCAAACCGCCGCUACUUUCGCAAGAUGUGUCGAUAGUAUACGUGGUGAGCGAGUCUAACGGGCAGUACUUCUUCCACGACGGCAACCGACGCAUCCCCAUCGUCGCGGAGAAACCGCACCAACCCAUCGUCAUCAAGGAAGAGUUUCCAUCGGAAGACCAGACGACGAACGGUAACGGAGUGCAGGAACCAAGCGUCAGUCCUGAUGCUUUGAAGGAGGGAGACAGGGUACAGGGAACUACAGAGACACAGCGCGCUCAAGACCCCGCCGGCGCUGCUACCGUACCGCCGGAGUUCCUGUCGUCGGAGUCUAUGUCCCUGUCCCCCUCCCGGCUGCUGCAGGACGCGGAGGGCUGGCUCGACGCCGCCGAGCACGACUUCUCACUCACCAGCUUCCUCGGACACCUCGAGGGUAGACCCAACGUGGACUCCCACUUACAAUCUCUAAUGGCGGAGUCCAGCGUGGACUACGUCGCCAAGUUCGCGGACCUAGCUGCAGAGGUGACGGAUGAACCGGAUCACGCUACUGAGGAACCCACGUAAAAAACGACCUUAUUCUCAUGAGAAUAUGGUUCAUUUUGUCAUGUACAUCAUGAGAUUGUUAGUUGUCGAUCUUAUUGUCUUAAGCAUUAAGUUCGUUUUGCAAUGAACAAUGUUUUACAAAUAUUUUAAUUGUAGACUUUAUUAGCCUUAGGCGUGAUUUGUAUGUAGAUGAAUGUUUUAGUCUAUGAUAUGGUAACUCAAAUAUCAAUUUUAUAAUCA